GGCUUAAUCAUUCUUAAACAACUCCUUAUUUUUCCAGAUUAUCUAUGUAUAAAUCUUAUCCAAAUAACUAAAAAAAAAUAUACUUAUUAUAAACUUAAAGGUCAUAUUAUUACAUUACCUCAAAAUUCUGAAAGUGAAAUUCCAGAAGUCUUACUUUUAACUACUACAGUUGUAGAUAUUGAUUUUGAAGAAGCAGAGCAUUAUACUGAAUUAGAUAAUAAGAUUAAUGAAGAAUCUGAUUAUAAUAAUCAUAAUUUAAAUAAAUUUAUCAAUAAUAAUUUAAUUUAUAAUGCAAACAAUUUUAGAACUUCUAGAAUAUUGCAUGUUAAUAAUAUACCAAUUACUAAAAAAGAGCUUACAUUAUAUUUUUUACAAAAUAAUAUUAAUAAUGACUUGUCAUCAAAUUCCUUUAUUGAUUUUACUAAUAAUAAUCUACAAACAGCUACUUCAACUAUUACUAUUAGUAAUAAAACAAUAGAUCCUUUAGAAAAGUUUGAAUCUGAAUUAAAUAAAGAGCAAAAAAAGGCCUAUUUUCUUGUCUGUGAUCAUUAUCAAAGAAAUCAGCCUAUAUUAGAAAGUAGACCAUCACAAUUACUAUUCUAUCUUGCAGAUACAGGAGAAACUGAUAAAUCUCGAGUGAUACAAGCAAUGAGUUAUUAUUUUACAUAUACUUCACAAUGUCAAACUCUUCUUAUAUUAGCAUCUACUGGUAUUGCUGCUGUGAAUGUUUAUAAAAGUACUAUUCACUCUGCUUAUGGCUUUAGUUUUGGUGAAAAUAGUAAAAAACCAGCUAUUUUGACAGAAGAAACUCUAUGCAAACUUCAAGAAUUAUGGUCUAAGGUAGAAUACGUUAUAUUAAAAGAAGUUUCUAUAAUCGGUCAAAACCUUUUAGCUCAAUUUCAUGCUUUUAUAAAAAAGUUAAAGUGA